GCGGCUGGGUGCCUCGCAAAGUCGGCUGCCGUGGCUACCCGUCAGCGGAGACCAGAAGCCUACGCGUGCAUCGUGAUGCAGACGCUGUUGAGCGUGACGCUGCUGGUGGUGGUGGCGGUGGGAUGUGACCACCAAGGGUCUCGCCCACUCGUCGCGAUCCGCGAGGGCCUGCUGAGAGGCGUGGUGGGGAGAAGCUCGGCCGGCAGGACCUUCUACAGCUUCAAGGGGAUCCCGUAUGCUCGCCCGCCGCUCGGAGCGCUCCGUUUCCAGCCGCCGCAGCGUCACGGAGUCUGGUCGGGUGUGGUGGAUGCCAUGGAGCACGGCAGCAUCUGCUACCAGUUGAACCUGCUGAAGAACAAGACGCGCGAUGGCUCCGAGGACUGCUUGUUCGCCAACGUGUACACGCCGCAGUUGCCAUCAGCGGAGGGUGCGGCAGGCGGGCUGCCCGUCAUGGUGUUCAUCCACUCGGGGGGCUUCUUCUUCGGCGACGGAAACAGCGAUUUCUUCGGACCUCAAUUUCUGAUGGACGGUGGUGUGGUGCUGGUGACGUUCAACUACCGCUUGGGACCGUUCGGGUUCUUCACGACGCAUGACAUAAACGCGCCCGGAAACUACGGCCUUCUGGACCAGGUCAUGCUGCUGCAAUGGGUUCAGGACAAUAUCGCCAGCUUCGGGGGCGACCCAAAGGCGGUGACCAUUUUCGGAGAGUCAGCAGGCGGAUCCAGUGUCUCUCUGCUGGUGCUGAGCCCCCUCGCCAAGGGUUUGUUCCAGCAUGCCAUCACCCAGUCCGGUCCCUCGAUGGCAAGCUACGUCGCCUCUGGUAGACGAUAUGGACUGGCGGAGAAGCUGGCAAAUCUCGUGAACUGCACCACUGAUGACGUGUCAUCCAUGGUGGAUUGUGUCAGAGGCGUACCUGCAUACGACCUGCUUGGUGCGAUUCUUAUCUUGGACGCCGAACAGGAGAGGUACUUCCAACCUCGCGUUGAUCGCGAAUCUGAGUCACCGUUUCUACCCGACGACCCGAGGACGAUCUUGGAGACCGGAAACUUCAAUUUGGUUCCGUGGAUGAACGGCGUGAUGGAAGAGGAGGGCACCAUAUUUCUUCCUGAUGUUUUACGCACGAUAUCUCCGGACGGCCUGUUCGCUGGAAACAUCACGCUCUGGGGUCUCCUGUCAGACCUCAACACCAAAGCCGAGUCGCCUAUCCUGGACUGCGGCGCCGAUGCACUGGAGCAGGCCACCAAAGUCUACAACUUCUACGUCGGCAACGCAACAGUCAACUCUGACAACCUUCUGCCGCUGGUUCGCGUCGUCACUGACCGCUUUUACACCGCUCCAUUUUCUGAGGAGAUCCGGCUAGCCUCAGAGCACGCGCCCGUCUACAAAUAUCUGCUGGACCACACGGGACCGGGCCGCCAGUCACUAGCUUCCAUUUUUGCCCCAGGAGCGCCAGACUUCGGUCCCACCCACGGCGACGACCUGCUCUACCUCUUCAGCGGCGACGAGCGGUCGCCGACAGUGCCCGGUUCGCCGGAUGACCGCAUGAUCCGCUUCAUGGUCAGCGUGUGGACCAGCUUCGCUCGCACCGGUCGGCCAAGCUCUGACGUGCUGCCGAUGCCGGACUGGCCCAUCUUCACCUCGCAGAGCCAGCGCCAUAUGCGGCUCAACUCGGAGCCGUCGGUCGGCGAGCGUUUGUUCGAGGAGCGCGUGCGCUUCUGGCAGGGCGUCCCGAUCAACGAGCCCUGGCGGCACGCCGUGCGGAGCGAGUGUCCGCCGUCGGCUCCUGCUGACGGGGCGGAGGCCAGCCCUGCCGCCUGAUGCCGGACACGGAGGGACGUCAGCCGUAGCGGACGAGAGAACUCCGGAAAUCCGGCCGACCGUGCGUCAGGCACUCUCCGGCUGCCCGUUUGGGAAUCGGUGGUGGGUCAGUAUUGGAAUGUAAUCCAUGCAAGUAAGUUGGCUUCAGUGUUUCUUUGGAUCGCCGGUGACACAAGCAAUGCACCCCGAUUUCUGUUUAAUCAGGAGGAGGAAUCUGGUGAUUGCUGCCCAUUAAUGAUGUUAAUUACGUCAUAUUCCGUCAUAAACUUGUGCGACCAAUCUACGCGAUCGGUCCUUUCAUUGUCUUAUGCUCCCUGGUGGAAGGUGGUUUCAACAGAAUAUGAUGGUCUGAAGUUUGUUAAAGCACUGAAAUACAGCAGAUGUAAUUGC